AUGGAUUACGAGACGAAAAACGACGAUGGCGAUAAGACGUAUUCCGGAUUACAUCCGUCGAUGUCCGUUGAAAAAGGUCAAGUUGAUCAUGGAGAGACAACAAAUGGUGGUCUCCAUCGCACGCUCAGUCCACGUAUGAUCCAUGUCAUCUCUCUCGGGUCCAGCAUUGGCAGUGGUCUCUUCAUCACCACGGGUAAAUCCCUAGCCCAAGGAGGUGGUAAUUAUAUCGAUUAUGCGGAUCGGUGGGUUGAUCCAGCAUUGGCCUUUGGGGCUGGAUUUGCGGAAUGGCUUGGGUGGACGUCGGUAUUUGCAUCCGAAGCCAUGUUUGUAGUUACCCUGGUGAAUUAUUGGGCGGAUGGGGUUGUGCCCGAGGCUGCUUUGCCCAUCUCUCUAGCCGUUAUCGCAGGCGCCGGUCCGUCCGGAUAUGUUCGACAUGGAAGCACCUGGACUGAUUUGCCUAUGUUCAAAAAUGGCUUUGGGGGUUUCUCCACCGCUGCAUUACUUGCCAUCUGGGCCGUGGGAGACCAAGUCUUCAUUGGCGUGAUGGCCGGCGAGGCCGAAUCUCCCCACUAUUCCAUGGCACGCUCGGCCAAUUUUGUUCCUUGGCGCGUGGGGAUUUUCUACCUUGUCUCGGUGGUGCUAAUCUCACUUGUAGUGGACUCUGAUGAUUCCCGGUUAAUGAACGGCUCAAGCGUGGUCUCCUCGCCUUUCGUCAUAGUUGCCCAAGAUGCAGGUAUCUCGGGGGUCCCGGACCUGAUUAAUGCCUGCAUAAUACUCGGCAUUCUUGCUCUUUCUCUAGAGUGUAUAUACCUCCCAUCACGAAUCUUACGCACUAUGUCACUGCAGGGACUGUUGCCUGUCUUCAUUGCGAGAGUCGACAAAAUAGGCCGUCCGAGAUGGGCGCUCACAUUCACGGCCGUUGCAGGUACGGUUUUGACAUAUCUGAGCUUGAGCGCCGACGGCACCGAGGUCCUGAACUGGUUCAUCUCGAUCACCAGCGCAUCCUUCUUCACCAACUGGGCGAUCAUCGCCUUUUCCUCCUUCCGCUUCCGGGCGGCGAUUAGAGCGCAGAGAAGCCAAUUGUUUGAAACCGCUUAUGCAUGGCGGUCUCUUUAUUGGCCUCUGGCGCCAGUCAUUAGUCUUUUAGUUUCGGCGUUGCUACUAGUUUGCCUUCUUUACACCAGCAUCAAGCCAGUAGGUGGGGGUGCUUUUACAGCAUAUAACUUCUUUUCAGCGACGAUUGGUCUGAUCGUUAUUAUGGUGUUCACCAUUGGUUACAAGAUUGUGCAUAAAACGCCAUGGAGGGAUUCAGCAACUGCAGAUCUUAUCACGGGGCAUCGGGAGCUGACUGCUGCGGAGUUGCGUUGUGCAGGACUCUCGUCCAACGCCGACGCCGAGGAUCGAGCAACCCUCUCCGAACUGAUCCAAAUCGACAAACACUACCUCUCCCGCAUCACACUUCGCACGAAACUAAUCCAAGACAAACGAGCCUCCGUCCUCGGCGCCAGUCCCCGUUCCAUCCCAGCCGUCAAAGAACUAUACUCUUUCCUUGUAAAUGACUACCUGCCUCGACGGUACAGCACUAUCUUUCAACGUGUCUCUACUACCACUAGCACUUCAGCAUCAGCACCCACCACCAUGCUAAGAAACACAGUAACCGGCGAAACCAUCCCCAGCACACCUCCAGCUGACGCAGAAGAAGCCCUCGCUAUCAUCGGCAGGCAGGUCGAGGAGGACUUCCUCCUUCUUUUGCCACCACAGCCCUCUUCCCUACAAGAUGGUGACAAACAAGAAGGUACUAACAAGCAGAUGACCCUCGAAGCCUUCAUCGGCUGUUUUCCGAAUGGGUUCAACUGGGCAGACAAGUUCCGCAAAUCGCUGGCGAGUAUCCAUGUUCCGUGGACUGUAUCCGUGGACGGGAAGCUGCAUGCUGCCAGCAGUAUGCACCUGUAUGAAGGCGAGGAAGUAGUUGAGUUGGAGGAGUUGGAUGUGGAUACGACGCUAUUCAGACUACCCAUCUCACAAGCUGUUGGCUUCGUGGUCCGCACAUAUAUGUACCCGUUGCAGGACGUCAAGAAAGAAGGCAAUGGGCCGAGGUUAGUCGAGGCGAUAGCAGGGUUGAAGGAGGGCAGUUCGCCGGGCUUCCACUUCUACAAGCGCGCAGCGGUGUGGCAGAGGGCUGUGAGUGAGUACUUACUGGAUGGGGGAAACGAGGCAGCUGUCGCGAAUAGUUUGCGGAAGGAUGCUAAUUAUCUGUCUCUCGAUCCGAAGCUACCGCUUCCCCAAAAGAUGUUCAGAUUAUUCCUCCUGAGCGUCACCCAAAACCUAAUCCCCCAAUCCCUAGCAAUUACCACCCCAAAAGGCGCACUCCUGCGCUACUUAAACCCAUCACAUGUAACAUCCCUAUUCGCUACCACCGCUUGGUUCAACAUUCUCUCAGCCCUGGAGCUACUGCUACUCAACCCCAAAGAAGCCGACGACUUUGUCACCAUCAAUGAGGGAACAAGCAAAAUCAAGAGCUAUUUCUGUGGCUUACGAAACGCCCUGAAACUGCUUUUUAACACCCGGAAAAUCAACACGCCCGAGGAAGCAAAGAACACGCCUCCCAUGCCGAGAUAUUACACCCAGAAGAAUGGCAAGAAUGCAUCAAAGCCUAUCUCCCAACGCCGAAAAUUCUGGCAUCAACUGCUCCGCAACAAGUUCACUGCCAUAAGCAACUACAUCACUCGUGAUAUUCUCGGUCUGGCUAAGUCGUCCUUCCUGGAACGAUAUACCCAUGUGUUUUGUGUGUUUCUCCUAUCGGGUAUUCUACACCUUACUGCGGACGUGGUAGGGAAUAUACCGAUGGGCGAGUCUGGCGCUAUGGUGUUUUUCUUAUCUUUUGUGUUAGGUUACAUGAUUGAAGAUGGUGUCCAGGCUGUGCGGAGGAAAAGGUUUCAGGGUUCAGCAACCUCGGAAGCGGGUAGCACUAAUAGUCAAAAGGAGCCAGAAAUGUGGAAAAAGGUUCUUGGGUAUAUCUGGGUUUUGACCUUUCUGACGGUCACAUCGGCGGCGUAUUUUGAGCCGGUGCGAGAGAGGCCAGAGAGGCAACUGGCUCUGGUUCCUUGGAGUUUUGUGGGAGUUAUUGGGCUUGAGAUGACGGGGGCGUUGGUUGUUGUGGGUGGAGUGCUCUUGAUGGUGGUUUUUAAGGUUGAGGUUUGA